GAGACCGUCGCGCUCUGGCUAUAAUACACCAGUGUGCUUAUACUCCAGACACUGCCCUGACUCCUGGAGGCGCGCACCAGGUGUAAAUCACAGCACUGCUAUAUCCUAACGACGAGCUGGACAACACGCACACACACAGUCCUCUCCCGAGAUGUAGCGUUCGCGCGCGCGAGUGUAGAGCUCUCUGGGGGCUAUCAGCUCUCGCGCGGACACACCAGGAGAGAGAGAGAGAGAGACUUGGCUCGUAUUAGUCGUAUUCGUAGGUAUAUAUGUAUAUGUAGUUGGCCACUGCUCCGCUCACUCACACAGCUGGGACAAACGCGCCCGCGAGAGAGAAUACGUGUGCAGAUGGUGGAACAGAGAGGGAGAGAGAGAGACGGCAAGUGCGCAGGAUUUCUCGCGGCGGCGGCGACGGACACACGAUUAUUGCGCCCCUUCCUCGACUAGCGGAAGAGAGAAGGGAGAGAGACGGAUGUAGAAUCAGGAAACAGCUGACAUGAGUUGCUCCAACGGUGACAGCAAGCCUCAAAAUGGAAGGCAAAUGCGAGAGUUUGAAGAAAUCCACAUUCCAGUGCCUUGGGGCUACAUAAGUGGAAAAUGGUGGGGUCCAAAAGAGGUACAGCCAAUCUUAGCGCUGCAUGGUCGUGAAGAUAAUGCAGGCAGCUUUGAUAAUUUAAUUGUAUUAAUGGAUAAAGACAUUUCGGUGCUGUGUUUGGAUUUGCCAGGUCAUGGUUUAUCAUCUCACUAUCCAAAGGCUCAGUUUUAUUAUGUGCAUUGGGAGGGCAUCAUUCUACUCCGUAGAAUUAUUAAACAUUACAAAUGGAACAAGGUGAAACUUCUUGGCCACUCACUUGGAGGAGCAAUAUCUUUUCUGUAUGCAGCAGCAUAUCCAGAUGAAGUGCAGUUUGUGAUAAGUUUGGAUAUAGUCAGUCCCAGUGUCAGGGAUAUAACUAAGACGGCCAGUAUAACUGGUGAUCAUAUUGAUAAGUUCCUCAAGUAUGAAAAUCUGACACUCGACAAUGUGCCUUGCUAUCAAUACUCUGAAAUGUUAGACAUAGUUGAAAAAGCCUAUGGUGGUUCCAUUACCAGAGAAAGUGCAGAAAUAUUAAUGAAAAGGGGUAUGCAGCCUGCACUCAUUCCAGGGAAGCAUUAUUUUAGUAGAGAUCCCAGACUAAAAGUUUCACUGUUAGGAAUGUUAUCUAUGGAUUUGGUGCUGGCUUAUGCAGCUCAGAUUAAGUGUGCCUACUUGAAUAUCCGAGCCAUACCUGGGAUGGUAUUUGAUCAACCAGAAAAUUACCAUAAAGUCCUGGAUGUUAUAAAAACGGUUUCCAAGAGGUUUGAGUAUCAUGAAGUACAGGGAACGCAUCAUGUUCAUCUGAACAACCCAGAACGAAUAGCUCCAAUUAUAAACAAAUUCAUUAGUUCUUAAUGAUACAAAAUUAGACGUCGUAGAAGCUUGAAUACACGGCAAAGGAAAAUAUUUAGUGUAUUGAAAAUGCAAAUGGGUUAAGGUUUCCUUCCGUUGAUAGUAAUUUAUUUAAUUUCAUGACGAAACGUUGAUUGUUUCGAUUCAAUUUAGAGAAUUCAAUUGGGACCGUUUCCCGUUUAUUCUUCCAUUUUUUGAAAGCGCGUUGAUUGCGCUUUGUUGGUACGUUUUUUUACGUUAAUUAGCAACUUGAUACUGUUACAUUUAGCAGUAAAAUGCUUGUUAUAAUAAAAUAUGCCAAGUUGAAACCAUUUAUUGUUAUUAAUUUGUUUAAUAUAUGGGCGUGUCACACCUGAAA